UGAUAAUCCACAUAACUUUACAUACAAAUCAGAGAGAGAGAGAGAAAGAAAGUUGCAUCACAUGCAAUCCACUUUCACAUGCAAAGCCAAAAUUUGCCUCACUAACAAGAAAGGCAUAAAACCCUCAUCAUAUCAAUGGCGCAGACACUAGUCUUGGUGUACUCAAAUGCACUGCUAUAAGCUAACACACACAUAUAAAUAUAUACCUGCAUCUUCCUCAUACUACCAAUAUCUGAGAAAUAGAAUUUUACUAAUUCUUUCAACCCAAAUUGGCUGAACCUCAUUGAACCAAAUCUCCAUUUAAGUUAUUUUUUCUAAACCUAGUAUCCCUUCGAAAAGUUUGGUUUAACCAAAACUCCAAAUUCUCUUUGUGAGGUAUUAUUAUAUAUUGUUGUGGAAGUUGCAACAAGUUGGAAAGAUGAGAGCAGGAGUUUGCAGCAUACAGCUACAGGCUCUGACACCAGAGGCUGCAACCCUAGUUAAACAAGCUGUUACUCUUGCCACAAGAAGAGGUCAUGCUCAAGUGACCCCUCUUCACAUUGCCACUGUCAUGCUUGCUACUUCCACAGGCCUUCUCCGCAAAGUUUUCCUUCAAUGCCACUCUCACCCUCUCCAAUACAAGGCACUAGAACUUUGCUUCAAUGUUUCCCUCAACCGUUUGCCAGCACCCACACCAAGCCCUCUUCUGAGUCCUCCAUAUUCCACCACUCCCUCACUUUCCAAUGCCUUGGUUGCAGCCUUCAAGCGUGCUCAGGCUCACCAACGCCGCGGUUCGAUUGAGAACCAGCAGCAACCCAUUCUGGCCUUGAAGAUUGAGAUGGAGCAGCUCAUAGUCUCUAUCCUUGAUGACCCUAGCAUUAGUAGGGUCAUGAGAGAAGCUGGUUUCUCUAGUGCCCUUGUUAAAACAAGGGUUGAACAAGCUGUUUCAAUGGAAGUUUGUUCACAGCACCAAGCUUCCAAGGAAAACACCACCACCAAGCUUCAAGUUCUUGGUGGUAGCAGCAGCAUGUCCCCAUCUAGAUCUUUUGGUCAAUUUGGGGCAUCAUUCAAGUCUAUAGACCAUGUUGGUGAUCAUGUAGAUGAUGUAACUAGUGUUUUGAGUGAACUUGUGAGCAAGAGGAGAAACACAGUCAUUGUUGGGGAGAGUCUUGCUAGUGCUGAGGGAGUAGCUAGGGGAGUGAUGGAAAGGUUAGAGACAGGGAGUGUUCAAGGAGAGUUGAGGUUUGUGCAAUUUGUGAGUCUUCCUCUUGUCUCCUUUAGGAACAUUAGCAAGGAGGAGGUUGAAAGGAAGCUUGUGGAGCUUAGAAACCUAGUAAAAAGUCAUGUGGGGAGAGGGUUAAUUCUAUACUUGGGUGAUCUGAAAUGGUUGUUUGAGUUCUGGUCUAGUUAUUGUGAGCAAAGAACAAACUAUUACUGUUCUGUGGAGCAUAUGGUGAUGGAGCUUAAAAAAUUGAUUAGUGGAAAUAGGGAGAAUAGUAGGUUGUGGCUUAUGGGGAUAGCAACUUUUAGAACAUACAUUAAGGGCAAAGCAUGUCACCCCUCCCUUGAAACUAUUUGGGAUCUUCACCCCUUUACAGUUCCAGUUGGUAGCUUGAGCCUUGCUUUAAAUUUUGAUAGUGAUUUUCAUGUUCAGGAGAGAAGCAAGGUAACAUUCAAGGACGAAUCUUUUGAAGAACGAGCCAAAGUGCGCAAGUAUCUAACUUGCUGCAGAGAUUGCUCAUUGAAUUUUGAAAAAGAAGCUAAAAGCAUUGCUAGUAGUUUUACUAUAAGCAAGAGAGAUUGCACCACUAGCUUGCCAACAUGGCUCAAAAAUUGCAAGGCAGAGAGAAGUCGCAUGAUGGAGGAUCAGGAAAAUGCUAAGCUUUGGGAUAUUUGCAAGAAAUGGAACUCAUUUUGCAGUUCAGCACAUGGAUUUCCGUCCAAUCUUGAGAAACCAUUUUUGUUCAUUUCAUCCUCUCCUUCAUCCCCUACUUCAGUCUCUUCACAUGAAAGAAAGCCUAGUUUAAAUCUGAGCCACCUAAACUGGCCAGUCAUUUCUGAACGAAAAGAAGUACCUAAAGAAUGUGAGUUAUACACUGAGACUACUGUUAGAAAUGAUUCCUAUGAAGGAAACUUGAUAAUGUUCAUGCCAGAGAGGAACCAUCCUAAGCCAGACCUUUUAUCAAAUCCAAAUUCUAGCCCCAAUUCCGCUUCUUCAAGUGAGGCAGUGGAAGGUUUGGACAGCACUCAAAUGUUCAAGGACCAUAAUGAUGAAAAUCUGAAGAUUCUAUGUGAUGCAUUGGAGAAAAAGGCUCCACAACAGAAAAAAACAGUGAAGGAGAUUGCAAGCACUGUGCUUCUUUGCAGGUCAGGAAUGAGAAAAGUAGGGAAUCACUUAGUGAAGAGAGAUGAUAGGCAAGAAACUUGGUUUUUCUUUCUAGGUGUGGAUUCUCAAGCAAAAGAAAUGGUCUCAAAAGAGCUAGCUAAAGUAAUUUUUGGCUCUUAUAGUAACUUUGUCUCCAUUGGUUUAAGCUGUUUCUCUUUAACUCAUGAGGAGUCCAAAAAUAAAAGGGCAAGAGAUGAGUUUGGUGGCAGUUAUCUUCAGAGAUUUGGGGAAGCACUGAAUGAGAAUCCUCAUAGGGUGUUCUUUAUGGAAGAUUUUGAGCAAGUUGAUCACUUUUCUAAAAAGGGUGUUAAGCAAGGAAUUGAAAGUGGAGCUAUAACCCUUCCUGGUGGUGAAUCUGUGCCUCUCAAGGAUGCAAUUGUCAUUUUCAGUAGUGAAUGCUUCAGUUCAGUACUGUCAAGAGCUUGUUCUCCUGCAAGAACUACUUCUCCAUUUUCAGAUGAAGACAUGAAAGAGAAUAUUAACAACUCAGAGGAGAAAAUUUCAUGCCUCUCUUUGGAUCUGAACAUGGCCAUUGAAGUUGAUUUGCAAAAAAAUGUGCAUUUAGAUGGAGAAACUGAUGAGAUCCUAGAGUUAGUUGAUAAGAAAAUUAAUUUUAAAAUAUGAAGGGAAAUAGUUUUCUAUAUUUUUUUUUCUUUUUCGGGUGAUAAUUUUGUUAUAUAUGUUUUCCACUUAUUUAGUGUUGCUUAGUUAGACACUUGGUGAGGGAAUGAAAGAAAAACUGUUAGAUAUAGGUACACAACUUUAUGUGUAAUUUACAUGCUUUGAUGGGGUUGGCACACUUGGGAGAUUACGCAUCUGUAUAAAUGUUAAGUAAUUUGAUCUUCUUUCUUCAUGUG